GGCCAUAGAGGUGAAAUAAGCGAUAGAAACGAAACAACGUCACCUGCUUGUAUCAUACAGAUUUUUGGCCGAGUAGGCGCUCUCGCCUCGCCUCUUCCUCUCUGCUUAAUGUUUACUCCACCCAGGUCACAUCCCCAACCCUUUUACCUAUCGCUCAGAAGUUACGAGACCGAGGGACGGACAAGGCGGCUGCUACCACCCACCUUUCUUCCUCCAACAUUUGUACAUUUUCACUUUCCAUAAUAAUCGAACGUGACAACCGCGAUCAGUUGGAUAACUGCGGAAGGGGUACUGUUGGUCCGAACGGAGACAGAAUGGGGAAAAUAGAAUGGGCUAUGUGGGCCAAUGAACAGGCUCUGGCGGCGGGGCUCAUUCUCCUUACUGGUGGCAUAGUGGGGGUGGCCGGCCAGUUCAGGGACUGGGAGUUUGCUGCUUAUGCUAUAGCUGCAGGGGUGUUUGUUUGUCUACUAGAGUACCCAAGGGGCAAGAGAAACAAGGGCACCAGUGUAGAAAGGACGGGUCAGUACUGCUUCACUGUCUGUGUGAAGUCAUUCGGCCCACUGACCAGGAACUACUAUGUCAGAGCAUUUCUACAUGCAGCGAUCUGCGUUCCUGGUGGUUUCAUCCUUGCAGCUGUUCUUGGCUGUGUCUGCCUCGGAAUAGCUAGCCUCAUCUACCUUGCGGCGGCCAUCCGAGGGGAGCAGUGGGAGCCCAUCCUGCCCUGGAAGGAGAGUGCCCGUAAGCCGGUGGGAGAGAGCAUCAAGCUCCCUCCCCAGAACCCUCCACCACGCCCACCUGCAGAGAUGCGCAGGAAACGGGCAGAGGACCCGGAGGCGGCUGCCUAUGUCAACCCCAUCGCUGUCACUGCCAAUGAUGACUAGAUCCCCUUACUGUUCCUCCAUCAGGCCUGUUGGGCUAAGCUCACUCAGGUUAGCUUAUGGUUCCACUGAGCCCCAACCAAAACAGAUCUACAGUGGAGCCCCACCCAGGCCAUGCUCAGUCCCGACUGCCUUUGGCUGAGGGCCGAAUCCUAAAUUGAGAUGGAUAAGCUUACGUAACUUAGGUUUUCUGUAAAUUGGGAAUUGGAGUCAAUGGGAAUUUUUUAUGGACUGGUAUCAAGUUUGGAAUCAGGCCUCAGAGAGUAGAGGGUUGUGGAGAGGACACACUGCUGCUGAUGUUUGAUGAUGUAUAAGGGAUUGUAUUGAACUGAGAUGUUGCUGUGCCUUAGUUACUGCAAAAGGGGUGUGUCCUAUAUCUCUGCACCACCUGCCACAUCUCUUUCAGUUAUAAUUUUGGUCCCCAAAAGGCUUUGGAAUGUAAAUGGAAAAGUUUGUAUUCUUGUUGUGACAGUAAGUUAUUUUGAGAGCAAUUGAACAAAUGGAUGUGGAUGAGAAUCAACCACAUUAACUGGCACAGACCUAAUGAAAUUAUUUUAAAAGAGAAUGAAUGGCUAUUUCUACAUUUUGUAUCCUCAAAAUAUACUGUAUUAUUUUACACUGGAAUGUUAAUUGUUUAUAAGCAAGCGCUGGUUUGCGUUAUCUAUUUCUCUUUUUGGUCGGUUUACUAUGUCAGUGGUCAACUAGCUGUAUUAUGGACAGUUGUGUAUUCACCUCUCUACAAAAUAAUGUAUGUCUAUGUUUUAUGCUUGUUAUGCUUUUGAUACAAUCUGAAAAUAAACAUAGUUAUUCUAGUUA